UAGGUAUGAUGUCGACCGAGGUCGACAUGAAUCCAGUAUUGAAUGGCGGGACGACACAAGCAAACGGGCAGGAUGCCAAGUAUAAAACCGUGUUCGGUGGAAGAAAAAUGACCCUGUUCUGUUGCCAUGUCUAUUUCGCGGCAUGCAUGUACCUUUCGUCUCUCUGUGCGAUCGUGGCGAACGACUGGAUUCCAAACCCGGAAAUCCAUCCUCCAUUAGACGACGUGUUAUUCAGAGCUAUACCUCCGCUGGAAUCCGGCAGCACCAUCGCCAACAUUGCUUUAGUUGCAUCUGCGGUCAUAAACAUAGCUAUGAUAGCAAAGCAGAAAUACAUUUUAAGAUUCGUCAUUUUACAGAGAUUUCUGUACACAUUGCCAACAAUGUUUCUAAUGAGAGCGUUCACGAUGACUGUGACGUCACUUCCGAUGCCGGAAACUGCUAUCCCGUGUAUGCCAAAGACUGAUGGAACAAUAAUGUCACGACUGUCUCUCGCUGUUAUGCAAAGUGUGAGCAUGGGAAUUACUACAGAUAAAGGGAUUGUCUGCGGGGACCUUAUUUUCAGUGGACACACGAGUACAUUCAUAUAUCUAAGCUAUUUUGCUACAAAAUAUAGUCCGUCAACGUGGCGGAGUAUUCCUGUAGUGUGUUGGUGCCUCACAGUAAUUGGUUCGGUUUGUUUGAUUCUGACACGUGGACACUACACGGUGGAUGUCGUCCUCAGUGUUUAUCUUGCAUUUUUCACUUUAACGGUCCAUGACGUAAUGGUUGAACACCCUCACCUUCUUGACAGGUACUCUAUUAUGUGCCUUGCCUUUCCUUUGAUGUACUUUGUCGAGGCACAUUGACUGGAAUGGCUGUUUUGUUCAUAACGACUUGGCACCACGUGUUUGAACCUACCCACAAUCAAAUCACCAUUUUAUUUUGUUAUUGAAUUGAACUGAGGCAUGACAUUUAAAAAUGAAUAACAUAAUAUAUAGUUUAUAACUAAAUUUCAGCUUGACACUAUCUUACACUUAUCUUAU